CCGUGAUUCGUCUGGUUCCCCACGUGAUUGAAAUCAGCUGACAGUAUAGAAGAACAUUAAAGAUGGAGCAACGGCUGGACGAAGAGGAGUUGGCAACCGAUGUGAGCAGAGACAGCGGUAAUGUUUCCCAGAGUGAGAGCAGCGGAUCAGUAAUUAGUGAAGGGUUGAGCAGCGGCAACAUCUCCCACAGUCACAGCUUCAGUGCGGCAGUCCCGCAGGGGGACGGGGAUCCAGACAGACUGCUGGAACGUACCGCAAAAAGCUACUCUUCGUACCUCAAAGCCAACGUAGGAGAGGACGUUGAAAGUCUAGAGAAGAGCCUGGAGGAAAUGCUUACCAGAGUGGACGAGUUUGUAGGAAUGCUUGACAUGAUUCGAAAUGAUACCUCUCAGGUUGUGAACGACAGUCUACCUCAAAUUCACAGAAAGUCUGAAGAAAUGAGAAAGAUAUAUACAAAAAUUGAUAAGCUGGAUGCAUUUGUUAAAAUGGUUGGUCAUAAUGUGACUGUGAUGGAGGAACAGGUGACACAAGCAGAAUCUGACCUUGGAACAUUUCCCAGUGCCUUCAAGAAGAUCUUUCGCACUAUUGCUGUCCCAGCGUUUCUUAAUAAAACAACCUCUAGACAGCAGCCACAGCAGGAGCCUCCCCCAGUGUUCAGGACAGAGGAUUACUUUUCAUCACACUCAGGACAGUAAGGAUGGAUCUGAGACCAGCAGCAUGUGUUUCUUCCAAGAGAUGGAUUGAUCAUCCUCUCCAGCCUAAGGCACUGAAAAUACUGGACUUGAGCCAUACCUAUGAAAGACAGGUGUUUCUUUCAAAGUCAUUGACUGCUUUCUUAAUCAACAGUUUUGGGGAUAUCGUCAGCACUUAUGAAAAACUGAGCUUAACAGAGCUAUACGAUAAGUGCAUUUUUUUAUAUAUGAUCUAAAGUAGCACUUGAGGACUUGGACCUCCUGCUGCACAUAAUCACUUUUUCUGUUUAAAUGCUACUACUAGACAGUAGACGUUUUUAGACACUAACAUGGAUACUAGAAGGUUUUAUAUAUUCAAAGGCUACAGUGUCUAACAUUUGUCUCUUUCAGUGACAAUGCAGUCAAAUACCAUUUUAAAAUGCAGCCUUUUUUAUGAAAAGCCAAGGGGGAUAAAAUCUAAAUACUGUAGUAAAUAUAUAAACUAGUCUCUACAAACCACAACAAAAAUGUACGUGACUUUUUUGUAUAAAAUUGUAUUUUGUAUUUGUUGGCAGUACAUAAAAGUAGGGCUGAACUUUUCAGUGUUUAUUUUUGAUGAGUUGCAAAGUGAAGUUAAACAAGCAACCCAAGUUGACUUGAAAGAAGUGUGUUCUCUAAAGGCGAGUGAUUUAUGAAGGUAUAUUGGGUACUCAUCAAUAUACACAAGUAAGAGCAGUGGCCCUACAUUGUGGGGUAUUUUGUAAUGUUACUUCAUUUAUUAUUUAAAUUCCAAAUGAAGCUGCCAUAACAUGUGUUGUCUCUUAAAAGACUUUAAAAUCAAAGCUGUUAUGCGGAACAUCUUUUUGGUUCUUUGGUACCUUUGUGCAGGAUUUUUGCAAUCUAGAUACAGUCAGUACUCAGUUAGACGACACUCAGAUACAUGCCAGUUGCAUUUUACCGUCCCUGUAUUAAGAAUAAAAUCAAUUCCCAUAUAUAUAUAUAUAUAUAUAUAUAUAUAUAUAUGCGCACUGAUACAAAGCCCAUCUCUUCAAUGUAGCAAUUUAUUUUAUCAUCUAUCACAGCCCAUGGUUUUUCUGUUGUCUUGUUUUUUUUCGCUUGUGCAAAUCAGUCCAUCUUUAUUGUGCAGCACUUCCUCCAGUUUAACCUGACAAAUGCAGCAACAACAAAGCUAAUGAGAAUCUGAUCUUUAGUUGCUUUUGAACUGUGACAUUAGGGCCUUAUCGAGCAGGAUAUAGUUCUGCAAUUUUGAAUAUUGACUUAGAUACUGUUAAUUACGGAUACUGUUUUUUUUCUUCUGAAUAUUUUGCUAAAUUGCAUUUACUGUGCUAUUUUGGAAAUUGUUUUUAUGUGUUAAAAUAGGGUUUUAUGACUCCUGCAGGAUUUCAUCAAUGGGAAGUGGCAGUCUUAAAUACAAACUUAACUAUGGAAUAUGUUGAUGGUAUGAAAAUGGCUUUAGAUUAUGUGGACUGUUAGAGUGAAUACAUCUGUGAUUUGCACAAGGUUAUCUUGAUUACUGUUCUUGGUAACAACAUACAUUUGCUCAAGAGCAUAUCUACAAUAUAAAAAAGUACUAAAUGCUUAAAAUUAUGAAGAAAAAAAAAAAGUUGUCCACAUUGUGCCUUCCAUCCAUGACUAGUUUCAAAAUGUAUGAAACACAACCUUUGCAGCUAUAAACAAAGAGAACCAGGCUUGGAAACUGAACUUAUUCCCUCACCUCAAAUUACAGGUAUUAAGAAAAUGCUGUAGAUCUUUUUCCCCACAUUCAAAAUCCGUUAACCGCAGUAUUUGUUGUUGAUUUGUUGUUGUUAUCAAUAAGCAAUACAGUAAUUUUGAAAGCGUAUAUAAAAAUAAAAAAAAUGAAUACACUUGUCUGGUUAUUAGUGAGGUCUGGUUAAUAUGAAUGUGCAUAUCCACAUCUCCAUAUACAGUAACAACAUUAACCAACUUUGUUGCAAACCUUGCAACUGUACAAGGUAGUCUCUACUGUAUGUAGUUAAGCAUCCCUGUAGAGGGAGCUUGUAUGAGUUUGUCAACCUGCCAUUA